AUGGGCAGGACUGUGAACAUCAAUGCAGGUAUCAAUGGAACGGACGAGUUGUGGCAAUACAUCGAUGACAAGGGAAACCUCCAAGGACCCUUUUCAGGUGAAUCCCUGCUCAGAUGGACACAUGCCUACCUGAAGAUCGACAGGAUGAUACGGCACGCGCCCACAGGCAUCUGGGCUCCACUAGCCACUGUGCUGUCGACCAUGGAAGAGGAAACCUCUGCCCUUGUGCAUGGGCACCCAAGAGCUAAUGCAAUGGCCAAUGUUGGGUCUAGCCACCCUGCAAUGACAGCAUUUGAAGACACUGGCUUUGAGGAUGUUGAGAUGGAAGAUGCGGAUGUAUUGGCGGAGUGGGUUGCCCAGGCUCGGAAGGGGGCAGGAGAACUUGCUGUGGCUGCAGAAACCACAGCUGCCUCUGGAGGUGUUUGCUUCCAACUGCCAGGCGUCCGUGAUGUAGAAAUGCUGGAUGCAACAACAUCACAAGAUCAAAUCUUUGCCGUUGUAGAUACAAACAUCUUGAUGACUGACUUCAGCGCUCUUGCAGACAUGAAGAAACUGUCAUGUGUUGAGAUUGAAGCAGGUGUGGGCUAUUCCCCUCAAAUCGUGCUGGUGGUUCCGUGGGUCGUGAUGCUGGAGCUCGACUGCUUGAAGAACUCCACCAAACAACACUCUACCAAGGGUGGAAAGCGCGUGGCUGUGUCCAGGUUGGCUCGAGCAGCUGUUGACCAAUUGCAGAGGUCCAUCUCCAGUGGAGACAACUUCUUUAGGGGUCAGACUCUAAUGGAAUUCAAAGACAGCAAGAACAUGUCCAUGGGGACCGAUGUCGUGUCCAAUGAUGACAGGAUACUCCAGUGUUGCCUUCAGUUUGGGAAGCACACGCUGACGACAAGUGCGGCCACUCACCGCCGCAUAGUUGUGGUUUUGUUCUCGAAUGAUAAGGCUUUGUGCAUGCGGGCGGGGGUCAAUGGCAUUCAGGCGUUGAUGAGCCAUGAUAUUCCUAAGAAAGGAUGCUUCGACAAGAUAUCUGCAGUCUUCACCCGAUCCUUGGGAAUGCUUGAAACUCUAAAGACCGCGGUGAAACAAUUUCAACCCUUGGCCAGUGGAGACCAUGCCCAAUAUCCAUGUGAUGGCUGGAGUGGAAGCACUGCCCUGGGGCAGUUGACAAAUGGUCAUGUGCAUGGUCAUAAUCAUCCGACGCGUGCAUCUGGUGGAACACAAGAUCAAUACGAGGCCAUGGAUUACGAUGACCAGUGUGCAGGGAAUUCAUAUCCCAUCGCCACCACAUAUGGAAGCCAGUCCUUUACAGCCGGCUAUGGAAGCCAGAGAAGCUGUGCUGCAGCAAGGAGUACCAGCUACACUGAAUCAACCCCACGCAGGGGCGCUGGGGGGCCAUCAAGAUCGGCAGCUAGGGGCGCAGGUGUAGGUACUAGCAGUGUGUCUGCAAACAUUGCUGCUGCAGAGCAGUUGCUGGCUUGUGCGAGCCAGAACCCCUAUGAGCUAGAAAGUGCCACCACCGAACCUGCCCCAUGGAAGGACCUUACAGAUCGUGCAGCAGAUGUGUUCACCAAACCCCUGUCGGAGUUUUUGCAGUACCACUUUGAGAGGGAGUGUGGGGGUGUGUGGGAAUUCAUCGUGGCUGAGAAGCCUCCUUGGACGCUGCUCACGCUGCUGUAUUUGUACAGCAAGCACUACCAGUCGGUGUUGGUGGGGCAUUUGCCCAGGCAGGCACUCACAUACGCAAAAGAAGCAGAGCGUGCAUUCAAGCAAUUCCAGACUGCAGAGAAUGUGAUCGCAGGCGUGAAGGCGUUGGUUCAGCUGCUGACCCUUGUCAAGCCCCCCAGGCCUUCAGGGGACAGUGGCAUCGCAACCCCGGGCGGCCCAGGACAGCCAACCAAGACGUGCGAAGGCGUCGGAGCAACAGUUCUAGAAGCUCGUGUGCAGGCCAACAGGCUCCUUGCAGACGUUGUGGAGACGGCACAGGCGGCAUUGUGGAUGGCGGGUGGGGCCCAGACUGGGACACAGACUGGGACACAGAAUGGGCACAGUGGCUACCAGAAUGAGCACUGGUCCCAGACGAACGGCCAGGGCACAGGGGCUGGGCAAUGGCCAGAUUACGGAAACAGUAGGAGGGCAGGUAAGGGCAGGGGGGAUAGCCAGAGGUGGUAA